AUUAGAGGUUUAUAAAACGUUUGAUAAAAAUUGUUAUUCAUAAUCGUCAUUUAGCGCUAAAAUCCUCUUAUAACUGUGUGAUAAGUUAUCGAGAGCUCGGGCCUUGUUUAAAGCUCUAAUAAACCUAUUUUAACCUAACUUUUAUAAAUGUCAUUUCAUAUGAAUGUCACUUCGUUGGUUUAUUUAUUCAAAAUAUCCUUGCUGUGAUCCUUGCUUGUGAAAAUGAAUGCUAUAAAUGCAAUUGUGCAUUUAGCCAAUAAUGCCGACCCAGCGCGACGUAGAAAGCUCUACCGCCAACGAAGCAACCCAUUCGAUUUGCGGGACCUAAAUUUUAAAAUAAAAUAUAGGUUCAAUAAGGACACAGUGCGCACCAUCAUAGAUUUGGUGGAAGAUGAUCUGGUUCAGAGCGCUAGAGGUGGUGGCACGUGUCCUGAACUGCAAGUUUUAGUGGCCAUAAGAUGUUGGGGACGUCGUGAGGUACAAGAUGAUGCUGGUGACCUCCAUGGCCUAAGUCAGCCGACAGUGAGCCGGAUAUGCGCCAGAGUCGCGCAUGCAAUCGCGAAUAAGGCAAAUUCCUUCAUCAAAAUGCCUAUCACUAUAGGAGAGCAGGAAAGAAUUAGUGCCAAAUUUAGAGCAAUUAAAAAUUUUCCUGGGGUGAUAGGAGCCAUAGAUUGCACCCACAUUAAAAUUAAAAAAACCGGAGGUGACAUGGCCCAGUACUAUAUUAAUAGAAAAGGCUAUUAUUCCCUGAAUGUUCAGGUUGUCUGUGAUGCUGACCUCAAAAUAAUGGAUAUAGUGGCUAGAUGGCGAGGCAGUACACAUGACAGUCGAAUUUUUAUGGAGAGCAAUAUAAAACAACGAUUUGAGGAUAGGCAGUUUAGAGGACGCCUUAUUGGCGAUUCGGGCUACCCUCUUCUGCCAUAUCUAUUUACACCUAUUUUAAGGCCUAGUCGUCCAGAAGAAGAAGCAUACAAUAAUGCUCACAUCUCAACUAGGAACACUGUUGAAAGGUGUUUUGGGGUGUGGAAGCAGCGGUUCCAAUGCCUACUCCAUGGCUUACCAGUAAGCCUCCAAAAUGGAAAAGCUGUGAUCAUAGCAUUGGCUGUAUUACAUAAUAUAGCCAUUGAUAUGAAUGACACAUUGUUAGAACAACAUAUGGAGCAGGUCCCUGUAACUCCGCAACUUUCGACGGAGAACAGUGUUCACGACAACCGACCUUCAUUGUUGAGGCGUAGGUCGCAGUUGAUACUACAAAAUUUUAUAAAUCAACAUUUUUGAAUGAUACUGUUCCUGGCAUCUUAAUGAAAAUAAAAA